AUGGGAAAGGCGGAAACUUUGGAGUUGGGUUUUCGGCUUGUGGUUGUUUUGGUUGUGGGUUGUUUGUGUAGGGAGGCUGUUGGCGGCGGUUAUGUGAAGUAUGAGACGGGGAGUGGCGUGGUGGAGGGGAAACUGAAUGUUCAUUUGGUGGCGCAUUCGCACGAUGAUGUCGGGUGGUUGAAGACGGUUGAUCAGUACUAUGUUGGAUCAAACAACAGCAUUCAGGGUGCUUGUGUUGAGAAUACGUUGGAUUCUGUUGUUGAAUCGUUGGCUCGUGAUCCGAACAGGAAGUUUGUGUUUGCUGAGAUGGCAUUCUUCCAAAGAUGGUGGUUAACACAAAGUCCGGAAAUUCAAGCUCUCGUGCGAAAACUAGUAGAUGACGGGCAGUUAGAGUUUGUAAAUGGUGGUUGGUGUAUGCAUGAUGAAGCAACAACCCAUUACAUAGACAUGAUUGAUCAAACGACGCUAGGUCACCGUGCAAUAAAGGCGCAGUUCAACAAGACGCCUCGUGCUGGAUGGCAGAUUGAUCCCUUUGGACACUCUGCCGUGCAAGCUUACUUACUCACCGCUGAGCUCGGGUUUGAUUCUGUGCAUUUUGCAAGGAUCGAUUAUCAGGACAGAGCGAAGCGCAAGGUGGAUAAGUCUCUUGAGGUUAUAUGGCGUGGAUCCAAAACUUUCGGUUCUUCAUCUCAGAUUUUUGCCAAUGCUUUUCCAGUUCACUAUAGUCCACCUCCCGGUUUCCAUUUCGAAGUAUUUGACAACUUCGAGCCUGUCCAGGAUAAUCCUCUUCUGUUCGACUACAAUGUUGAACAGCGUGUCAGCGAUUUCAUCAGCGCUUCACUUACCCAAGCAAAUGUGACAAGGACGAAUCACAUUAUGUGGACGAUGGGAGAUGAUUUCCAGUACCAAUAUGCAGAAUCAUGGUUCAAACAAAUGGACAAGUUAAUUCACUAUGUUAAUAAGGACGGUCGAGUUAAUGCCUUGUAUUCUACACCAUCUAUCUAUACCGAUUCUAAAAAUGCAGCAAACCAGUCAUGGCCACUGAAAACUGAGGAUUAUUUUCCGUAUGCAGAUGCGGUAGAUGCUUAUUGGACUGGAUUUUUCACUAGUCGCCCGGGUUUGAAGGGAUAUAUCCGCUUGCUAAGCGGAUAUUAUUUGGCGGCACGAGAACUAGAAUUUCUGGCUGGAAGGAAAGCAAAUGGUUCCAAUACCGAUGGCCUUGCAGAUGCUUUAGGAAUCGCACAGCACCAUGAUGCAGUCACCGGCACUGCCAAACAACAUACUACAGAUGACUACGCAAAGCGCCUUUUCAUUGGAGCUUCUGAGGCAGAAGCUGUUGUCAAUUCCGAUCUUUUGUGUCUAACUACAAAUAAAACAGGAGAUCAAUGUACUAACUCAACACCGACUUUUAGCCAGUGUCAAUUACUCAAUAUCAGUUACUGCCCUCCAACAGAGGAAGAUAUUCCACAAGGGAAGAGCUUGGUCGUUGUGGCAUAUAAUCCUCUCGGAUGGAAUCGGACUGAGACUGUUCGGAUUCCUGUUAAUGAUGCAACUCUUUCUGUUCAAGAUUCUUCGGGAAAUAUUCUUGAGGUACAAUAUGUAAGUUUGGACAAUGUAACAGCCAAUUUAAGAAACUUCUAUGUAAAAGCCUACUUGGGACAGCCACCAGACCAAUUUCCAAAGUACUGGCUAAUCUUUCAAGUCUCCGUGCCGCCACUUGGUUGGAACACAUACUUCGUUUCAGGAAGAGCUACCAAACUGAAAAGCGGAAAUGGAUUUCUUUCGGCGAUGGACAGUCCACAGAAUGAGACAAUCGAAAUCGGACCUGGAGAUCUGAAAAUGUCGUUUUCUUUAGCUUCGGGACAACUCAAUCGGAUGUAUAAUUCUAAAACAGGAGUUGAUGUACCGAUACAGCAAAGCUACCUCUGGUAUGGUUCAAGCACAGGAGAUGCCGAUUCCCAGCAAGCUUCUGGUGCAUACAUAUUCCGGCCUAAUGGCGCCCCUCCAACUGUUGUGUCAAGAUCAGUUCCUUUGAAGGUCUUUCGUGGACCGAUAGUUGAUGAAAUUCACCAACAGUUCAGUCCAUGGAUCUAUCAGGUUACUAGACUUUACAGAGACAAAGAGCAUGCCGAAGUUGAAUAUACGAUCGGUCCUAUUCCCACAGACGACGGUGUUGGAAAGGAGGUGAUCACAAGAAUGACAGCAAACAUGGACACAAACAAGGAGUUCUACACCGAUUCUAACGGAAGGGAUUUCAUUAAACGGGUACGAGAUUAUAGACCAGACUGGCCCCUUGUGGUUAAUCAACCUGUGGCAGGAAACUAUUAUCCUCUAAAUCUUGGAAUGUUUACUUCGGAUAACAAAUCCGAGUUCUCAGUCUUGGUUGAUCGUGCCACUGGAGGAUCAAGCAUUGAAGAUGGACAAAUAGAGAUGAUGCUUCACAGGCGUAUACUUGAGGAUGAUUCGAGAGGAGUGGGUGAAGCACUUGAUGAAACAGUGUGCAUCGAAGAAAAUACAUGCGAAGGACUAACGGUUCGAGGGAAAUAUUAUAUGAGCGUAAACCAGGCAGGGUCAGGUGCCCCCUGGCGCCGCACAACUGGCCAGGAAGUUUACUCUCCGCUUCUUCUAGCAUUCGCCCACGAGAAAAUGGAGGAUUGGACUGCAUCACAUUUGACAAAAUCAUCUACCAUGGAUCCUAAUUACAGCUUGCCUCUCAAUGUUGCUUUGAUUACUCUUCAGGAACUGGAUGACGGUACUGUGCUCCUUCGGUUAGCUCAUCUAUAUGAGGCAGCCGAAGAUCCUCAAUAUUCAACACUGGCCAAAGUUGAACUGAAGAAGAUGUUUACAGGAAAAACGAUAAAAGAGGUGAAGGAAGUGAGCUUGUCUGCAAACCAAGAGAAGUCGGAGAUGAAGAAGAUGACAUGGAAAGUCGAGGGUGACGGGGGAGAUGAACCUGCACCGGUUAGAGGGGGGCCUGUCGAUAGCUCAGCUCUUGUUGUUGAGCUUGGAACCAUGGAGAUCCGCACCUUCGUGUUGAAAUUUUAGAUGCUGUGUUUUUUUAUUUUUGUUAUAACUUGCAGCGCAAGCAAUAGGUGUGGCAUGAAAAUUAUGUCAGAACUAUAUGAAUGACAUAUAAUUCGAUUGUAUUAAGGUAGUAAAUUAAUGAGUAUUGUGAAACUAAUUAUAAAAGUGGGUGAGAGUGAGGACGGGAGAGAGAGAAGGGCUCA